UCUACUUAAAUUUUUUUACGUGAAUUUUAAAUGCUUUAUAGAAAAACACUGUUUACUAUUGGUUCAGACAAUUUAUUUAUGAUUUCAAGUUGAAAUAAAACAAAAGGUGUUAUAUUUAAAGUUAAAUGGUUUCUAUAACCGUUUAUAAUAACCUCAAAUUACUUCAUGCUUAGUUUGCUAUGUAAUUUCCCGUUAAAUUUUCAAAAAUUAAGUUUUAAUUAUGCAAUUCUAUUUACAGCCCGACGAGGGUUUUCAAAUUGCCAGUCUAAAUAAAAUUUGUAUUUAAAAAAAAGUGGAGUUGUUAAGUAUUUAAGGUAAUUUUGUAUUGUUAAGAAAUGGAGUUGUUAAAAGCUAUUCGAAAAAAUAGCGACUCAGAAGUAAAAUUAAUAUUAAAAUCUGGAUUCAAUCCCAACACACUAGUUCAAGAAUACGACAACAAGAUGCACAUAUACUACAAUACCAUUCCACUUUGCGUCGCUGCUGCCAAUGGUUAUGUUCAAAUCGCUCGUUCUCUAAUCAAACAUGGUGCUGAUAUAAACGCUAAUAAUAACGCAUGGUCUUCGCCUCUUCACUUAGCAACUUACUGUGGCCACGAAUCAAUGAUAAAAAUGCUCAUAAUGAAAAAUGCUAAUAUAAAUCUUCGAGAUUCUCGCGGAAAUACUGCGUUACACGAAGCUUGUAGAUUGUCACGUGUAGGCUGUGUAGAUCUUUUUUUAAAGUAUAAUGUAGACUUAACUAUUAGAAACAAUGAUUUUAAAACUGCUUUUGAUUUGGCAGAAGAAAAAAAAAGUAAAACCAUUAUAAAUCUUUUGAAAACUAGAUUAAAUGAUAAAAACAACGCGUACAUGUCAAUUUAUAAAACGGAUAAAAUCGAUGUAAAAAACGUUUCAAAAAAAAACGUGCGGUUCCACGAAGAGGUCACUUUGAUUAUAGAUGAAUGUGGUCUUGCUAAAAAAGGAGGUUAUUCUUGAAGUAAUUAUUUAAUUAGAAAAAGAUAUAUAAAAGCAAAAUAUACAAAAAAGCAAUCCGCGGCUAUAACAUUUUUAAAUAAAGAACAGUGUAUACUAAAGUUUUGAUGAUACCGCAUCUAACAAAAUAUAACUAAACAAACUUUUUAAUUUAACUUAUUUAGUUAAUAAAUUUUUAUUAUAAUUGUUUUAUACUUAUUUCAAUUAGUUGGAUUUUUUAUCACUUGUUUUAGAAAAAUUCGUGAUUGUGUACAGUUGUAUGACAAACUAAUAUGGUUACCUAAUAAGAUGGGCAAAAUUAAAAAAAAUUUUUUUUGAAAAAAUGUGUU